AUAAAAAGCCUGAAGCCUGAAGAAAAGUAGCGUGGCUUUUCUAUUUUCAAUUUUCACUAGUUUAUUUUUGAUUCAUUAGUGAAUGUGAACUGAAAACAUUUCUCUUUAAUUAUAUAACUGUUUUGGUUGCAGUUAUAACGUUAUAAAAUAAAACUGGGAUUGUUGUAAAUAACAUUAUAUAAAAAUGACAACAGACGAACGUUUACAUAUUGACUGGGGUAACGAAAAGCUCCACAGAACUCAAAAGCAAGUGGAACGAAAUCUAUAUGAUUUGGAGUCUUGGUCUAUAUUGCUUAGAGAGGCACAGUCAAAACAUAUUUCUGAAGUAAGAGCAUUAUAUGAACAUCUGAUCAACAUAUUUCCAAGUGCAUCGAGAUAUUGGAGAAUCUACAUUGAGCAUGAGAUGAAAGCACGAAAUUUUGAGAGAGUGGAGAAGCUCUUUCAAAGAUGUUUGAUGAAGAUUUUAAAUAUCGAAUUAUGGAAGUUAUAUCUCAACUAUGUCAAAGAAACAAAAGCGUCUCUACCUACAUACAAGGAGAAAAUGGCACAAGCAUAUGAUUUCGCCUUGGAUAGAAUCGGUAUGGAUAUUCAUUCUUAUUCCAUUUGGAAUGACUACGUAAACUUUUUGAAAGGCGUAGAAGCCGUAGGAUCAUAUGCCGAGAACCAGAAAAUAUCUGCCGUUAGGAAAGUGUAUCAACGGGGUAUAAUAACUCCGAUGACGGGCAUGGAAACGUUUUGGAAAGAUUACAUUGCGUUUGAACAGAAUAUCAAUGCUAUUAUUGCCGAAAAAAUGAGUAUUGAAAGAAGCAGAGAUUACAUGAAUGCUAGAAGAGUAGCUAAAGAACUUGAGGUACAAAUAAGAGGUAUAAACAGAAAUGCUCCAAGCAUUCCUCCUAGUGGAACUCCUGAAGAAAGAAAGCAGGUUGAACUGUGGCAAAAAUACAUAGCUUGGGAAAAAAGCAAUCCUUUAAGAACUGAAGAUACGGCUUUGCUUACAAAACGUGUAGUUUUCGCUUUAGAACAGUGCUUACUUUGUCUUGGACAUCAUCCUGAUAUUUGGUACCAAGCUGCUCAAUUUCUGGAAUACAGCUGCAAAAUUCUAGCUGAGAAGGGGGAUGUAAAUGCUUCCAAACUGUUUAGCGAAGAAGCUGCAAACAUGUUUGAGCGUGCUACUAGUUCUUUGUUGAGCAAAAAUAUGCUUCUUUAUUUCGCCUAUGCCGAUUACGAAGAAGGUAGAUUGAAAUAUGAAAAAGUACAUCAAAUCUACAACAAAUAUUUGGAAAUUGAUGACAUCGAUCCGACAUUGGCAUACAUUCAAUACAUGAAAUUCGCUCGUCGUGCCGAGGGAAUCAAAUCGGCCCGAACGGCCUUUAAAAAAGCUAGAGAAGACCCUCGUUCGACUUAUCAUCUAUUUGUGUGCGCGGCUUUGAUGGAAUACUACUGUAGUAAAGAUAAAAACAUAGCUUUCAGAAUAUUUGAAUUGGGUCUCAAGAAAUUCGGUGCUGUACCCGAGUACAUUACUUGUUAUAUAGAUUAUCUGUCUCAUUUAAAUGAGGAUAAUAACACGAGAGUACUAUUCGAAAGAGUUUUAUCUUCCGGUAGCUUGGAACCAGAAAAAUCGGUUGACAUCUGGAAUAAAUUCCUGGAAUUCGAGUGCAAUAUUGGUGACUUGCAAUCAAUAGUAAAAGUCGAGAAAAGAAGAUCUGAAGUUUUAUCAAAGAUUAAGGAAUUUGAGGGCAAAGAGACAGCCCAAUUGGUAGACAGAUAUAGAUUUUUGGACCUCUUUCCAUGUACCCCACAAGAAUUGAAGAGUAUUGGAUACACUGAAGUAAUUAAUAUCACUGGAGCAGCAGGAAAAAACCACAUUUUACAGUCUAUAAUAGAAUCCGAACCAGAUUUACCUUUACCUGUUCCUGACUAUUCUCAAAUGAUUCCAUACAAACCAAAAACUAAUUCUCUGCCAGGCGAACAUCCAGUUCCAGGUGGAUCCUUCCCACUCCCUCCAACUGCAGCACAUUUAUGUACUAUGUUACCGCCUCCAAAUUGCUUUAGAGGACCAUUCGUCCAUGUAGACAUACUUAUGGAUGUCUUUAAUAGAAUAUACCUUCCAGAAAACUUCCCAAUUCCUGCAUCAGAAAACGGAGACGUUCGUUUGUUUGAUCUAGCCAAAUCGGUACAUUGGAUAGUAGAGGAAGGUGGAAGUAUAGGACUGAAAAGACGAAAGAGAGCAGGGCUUAGUUUAGAGGGAUCUGAUGACGAAGAUACACCGUUACCACCCUCAAACGAUAUUUACCGCCAGAGGCAACAAAAGAGGGUGAAAUAAUUCGGAGAAAAAUAAAUUUAUUUGUCUUUUUUUUAUAAAAUACUUUGUUAUGUGGCUUGAAUUGUCAGACGUUAUACUCGGUUGCCAUGAGAAGCUGGAUAUUUUUAGAUUGUAAUAAAUAAAUACUAUGAUAUAAGUCAAUGUUUUGUGACAUAAAAAUAAAUGUUUACAGUGUGGUUCAUAAUUAAAACAGUCGUGUAAGUCCUCAUGAGACACCAUAUCGACACUCGCCCCUAUGAAACUUAAACGGGAGCAUCGUAGGAAUUAUAGUUUACUUUUCGGAUGGGAUUUCCCUAAUUUGUGCAGUGCUAUCGAAUUACGAUCCCAUUUUAUCUGUUUUCAUCCACGCAUGUCUUCAGCAUGCAUUGACUUCACUGAUUUAGUUAUCUUCAAAAAAAAAAAAAAAAAAUAACAGAUUUCCGUCCACUCUAUAGGUUUGAUAUGUUUUUAAAGUUCAUGCACAAGGGUCGUAGGUUUGGCAAUAGGAUAAAAGUACCACAUUUACAGCAUGGUAUUCAAAUUUUAAGACAUUAAUUAUAAAAAAUGUGGAAACUAUCAUUACUAAUUAAAUUUGCUCUAUGUAUUUUAGAUACGGUAAUAAACAAUCCUAAUUUACUAGAAUUUUAACAGAGUAAAUUACUUUUUGUAUAUUUUAACUUGAAGUUACAUAAAAAAAAUGUAAACCUCUUUAUUAAAAGAUUUUCUUCAAGGAUGUAAAGGAAAGUUAAAAACUAGCUAUCUCUUCGACAACUUUCUAUCACACAACAUCAGGGCAGUAGGUCAAAUGACUUCCUUCAGGGGGGUGGUAGGUAGGUAUAGUUUAUGCAAAACAAAGUUGAAUGCACGUCACCAUAAAUAUACAACGUCACAAAUGUUGCCGAACUUUAUAAAGUUUACAAAAUCUAAGAAUUUUCUAAAAUUGCCAAGAAAUAUUUCUAGAGAUGAAGUACAUUUAAAAGUAAUAAUUCUCGCAAACCUUCAUUUAAAACUGUCUAUUUCGAAUUAAACUAUCAAAAGUCUUUUUUUUAAAUCACUUGUGAAACAAUUAUAACAUUAUUUUCUUUUAUUCAUUACUAUCAUAUUAUCACUACAGCUUUCACUUUCUUCAUUGAGAUUUAUUAUUACAGGUGCAAUUUCGAAAGUAUCUAACAUUCUCUUUCUGUCAAAUCAUUUGGAAAUUUCUUUUUUAGUAUGAUCAAUACAUUUUUUCCAUAUUUCAGGAGUAAUUGUUUGAAGGGCUUCAGACCACAUAUUUAAAUAGUCUCUUUCAGUGGUUCCAUCUCUGCCAAUCUGCCCUAUAUCAGUUCAAUGGGAUUAAAAAUACAAUGAUAUGGGGGUAAACGUAACACUUUGUGUCUGUAUUGCUCGGCUAAAUGGUUAACCAUAUAAAUAGGUGGUGGUUUAUUACUGAAAAAUAAAAUCAUUAUAACUUUGAAAUACAAAGUAAAGCUUGAUAAUGAAAGUAUUAUAUUUUUUACUUACCUUCUAACAAUGUUCAGAAGUUCAACUUUUAGCAUGUUUUCUGUAAACGCAAGACUUUGAUUUGUCAACCAUUCUUUAAUUUUUGGUUUGUUCCAAGUAGUACUUGGUGUUUUAUGCAGUAAAACGUUAUGAUAUGGAGCAUUGUCCAUGACAAUUACGCUUGGUUCUAGAAGAUUCUUUAGUAGUUGGUUUUAAACCAUUUUAAAACAUUAUCAUGAUUCAUUUCACCAUGGUAAUCACUUAAUUUAGUUUUUGAGGAAAAUAUGGCUUUUGCAUCUUCAAUAAACCAUUUUCAUUUCAACAAUUGGAGUAUGAUAUAUCUACUAAGAAUAAUACUGAUGAAGUAGUGUCUAAAGCAAUAACGAGGCAUGGGAAUAUUUAAGAAAAGAACAUGUGCAAUAGAUAUAGAGCCAAAUAUUAAUGAAAAUAAAUUAGCUGGAGCUGAACAGAAACCAAAGAAAAAAUAAGUUUACCUUUUACCAUCAACUUUAGUGGUUUUGACACUUCUUUUAUCAUUAUUUUGCCAUGAACGGGUUAUGGUACCAUUUUGAAAUAUCCAUGUUUCAUCAAUAAAAACAAAUUUAUAUAAAGCUACUUCUUUUUCUUUAAUAUAGUUCCUUAAAAACCGAACCCGUUUUACAGCUAUAUCACUUGGCUCUAUAAGCCCCCGUCUUGGUUCAUCUUUUUUCCAUUUCAAUCCAAUUUCCUUUAAUAAAUUCGAUAAUGACCUCCGACAGCCAUCAAAUAAGUAUCUUGUUUGUAGUUCAGGAAGUAAGAAAUUCAAAGUUACAUACUGUCCUGAAAACAAAAAAUACCAUUUUUUUGCUCUUACAGUUCACAGAGAAUUUAGAGUUAGGUACACAAACAAUGUAUUAAGAGUACUUAAUUUUUCAUACAUAUUGUAAAUUACAUGUCUUAUUCCACACGUAUUUAUUAUCUGGGUAUUAGUAACUUUUUUAUAUGAUCGUUUCUUUGGAGGCGAUUUUAAUGCAGCAUGUUCUUUCACAGUUUGUUAAAUACUGGAAACUGUAGACAUACUAAAAUAAAAGAAAAACUUCCACUCGAACAGCCGUAAUAGGUAAGAAAGGGCCAUGAUUGUCUCGUUCGAAAAAUUCUCUUCUGUGUACAUAGUGAAAUUUUGUUAAAAUGAGGCAAACCUUUCGUUGCUAUCUGGGUAUCUAGACUGUACUAAAAAUUUUCAUUUCAGGGUAAUUUUUUGUCUAAUUUCGAUGGACGUAUUAAAGACCUUAAACGCAAACAUAUUAAUAUUAAACCUUACCAUAAUAAAUAAGAUGGCUUUUACGAAUCAAAAUGAAAUUCAGAGAUUGGAAGCGGUAUUCGUGUGGUAACACGCAUGCGCAGAUGAUAAUACGAGAAUGUAAUGUGUUAUUUGAUAUUUUUCAAUUUGAGUUGUGUCCAGGCCGUUGGAGUCUACGCCGGACGACGUAGCCAGGUAUGGGUUGAUAUGUGUUGGUGGUAGAAUGUGUUACUAGGAAUACCAAUACGUAUCUGUAACGUGUGGAGGGUGGGUUUACCCACGGCAUUUGGGCAUCACUAUGAAUCCUCCUAAGAUGAUAGGCACCUCCUAGCUCCUGAGCCAGCCUAUAUAUUUAAUUUAGUUGACAACGUCGCCAAGAGGUGCUUCUCUUAUAUCGGCCGGUGUUAGCCGAUACUCGCUGAACACAAAUCUUCUAAUAAGAGAAUCGAGCCAUAAUUUUGCUCGAUGGUCUCGUCUUCAUCUUCGCACCCUCUGCAGAGUGCGGAUUCUGACAGCCCCAUGAUAUGAAGAUACUUUCGUACUUGGCAAUGACCAGUCAGAAUACCUGUGACUAGGAGCAGAUUCUGUCUAGUCAUUGUCAAUACCGCUAUUUAUUAGAGAUGUGACUGUACGGUAUCAUAGAUAUACCCUUCAACGGUUGACAGCACACCGAAUCGUGACACCGAUUGGAGAUGGGACUCUAGAGAUGGGAGAAACAUAUACCGUUACACACUGAUUUAAUUAAAAUUAUGGAAUACAUUAUGUUCUCCAAAUCCGUAUGUUCGAUACGUUCGUCCUAUACGCACACAUGGACACAUACACUUUUAACUAUUCUGUUGACGUCGCUUGACUGCUGUUAAUCUUUAAAUUUUAAUCUACCGGGCUUCAGACAACCAAUCAUGAAGCUAGUUUGAGACAGUAUCUGUCGAAAAACAAAUUAUUUCGUUACUGAAUUUAUGAAUAGUUCCGCGACGAUGUGCGUGGCUAAAUGAAUUAUGUUUCUGUUUGUGCACCCUAUUGGUAUUAUUUAAGUAUCGCAGCGCGGCAAAAUGACCAGCUCCACUGUUCUUAUGUUUCAUAGAGGCGAGGGUGAACCAAUGAGCUUGAAUACCUUCAUGGUGUCGAGGCAAGGCAAAUUGGUACACCAAUGUACGAGACGAGUGAUGCGGCAACGUAAACUGCUUCAAUAUUUUGUUUAUUUGCGUCUGACAUCUUUUAUAUUUUCCAUACAAUUUUCUAAUAUCUUUCCCAUUUUUUCGUUUAGUUUUAGUCCAAUUUUUAGUUUUCUUUGCAUAUGAUAUUUUUAUGUGGUUGUCAGCAAUUUCCAGAUCUUUCUAGUUUGUUGGAGACUUCCUAAUUUCUGUUUUGUUGUCCAUUAUUUUCUCACGAUCCAUUAUAUUAAGAAAUAUAUAGCUUCGUUCGCGAAACCGAUCAUGAACGUAUUCUGAACGCUAAGGUAGACCAUACACGUCUAUAUAAAUAUUUAAACAAUUCAAAUCCAGUUAUAAAUAUGCAGUGUAAUUUUUACCUUAGCGUCCAUAAUCACUUCAGGAUUGUUACCGCGAACAAAGCAAAUAUCUUUAUACUAUGCU